AUGUCGUCCUCGGGCCCCACCAUUAUUCAGACAGAAGUCGUAAACAUGGUCCUACCUCUUGUGGCGAUCACUGUCACAUCAUUCCGCUUGUAUUGUCGUGUACGACAAGGACGUCUGUGGCUCGAUGACUUAUGGGCAAUCUUCGGCAUGGUAUUCAUUCUCGCCCUAUUAGUUGUCGAUUGGUUGUAUCUACAAGACUCUGGAAAUUUUAAUCAAGGCACGAUGGUAGCACUGUAUUACAUGGUUUGCCAAUUCUUUUAUGCAGUUGUUUGGUGUUCCCGGAUAUCAAUUCUGUUAACAGUUGUACGACUCACAAUCCCAGGAUCCCUCAGGAGGGCCCUCACAUAUGCUAAAGUGAUGUUCAUCAUUGCAUGGGCUGUACUUUUUGCACAAGUGUGGUGGGUUUGUGAAUCUGAGCCCGGCUGGAAAACACAGCCGCGCCCGCAGUGCGAUCUCGGCAGAAACGUUGCAAUAGCGCAGAUCAUCACCGACGUUUUCGGGGACACCAUUCUUAUCUUGGCGCCGAUUCGCCUCAUCUAUAAAGUCAGGUUGACGAGGGCGCAGAAGAUCCGGAUAAUCGCGAUCUUUUCGACGUCAGCAAUCACCACCGUUGUUAGUCUUGCCCAUGCAUAUUACGUCUUAUCCAAUGGAGGGCUAAAGGAGGCAGUGGCUGCUAUGGUUGAGGCUUCCGUAUCCUUGAUCGUCGCGAACUUGAGCGUGGUCGUGGCAUUCCUCUUGAGCUUGAGCACAGAUGAUGAAACAUCCUCGUCAACACCAUGGACAGUUACGUCCAUCAUAACCUUCGGAUCACAGCCUAAGAGGCGCCGUGUUAUCGACCCUCUCGCCACGACUGUGAUAGGCGUUGAAACUACCACGAUCAAGUUGACCGAUCUCCCUGAAACUAGCUCCAGUGCGCUGAAAAGUGGCAACACCGACGAAAUUUCCCUACUCAACAUGGAGGGAAAGCAGAGCGGCGGUGAAGUGUGGGAAGCAUAA